AACAAACCAAACAAACAAAAAAUAAAUAAAUAAAUAACAUUUUAGUCCUUAUUAAAAUCACUUGGGAACAAAUUUAAAAAAUAAACUAAAAAUGCCCAAUACUUCUUUUUUCGACGAACAAAAUUCAUUUGAUUUAGAUGAAAAAAUUAAAAUGGAACAAGAAUUGCACCCAGAAACAGAAUUGAUGGUUAAGCAAGAAGUAUGGGAAGAAAAUGCUUCAGAGGAAUUUCAAAAAGAUGUUUUAGAAGAAAUUCCAAAUGAAGACAAUCUUUUAUCACGUGAAAGUGAACGAAUACCUAAGAAAGAAAAGCAAUUCUCUUGUCAAGUUUGUGAUAAAAAAUUUACAAAAUUGUGUAAUUUACGUGAACAUAAACUUAUUCAUUUAAGCGAAAACAGUUUUUCUUGUGAUAUAUGUGAUAGAAAGUUUACUCGACAAAGCAGUUUAACGCUACAUAGACGAAAACAACAUGCCACAGAAAAACCAUUUUCAUUUGAUAUUCACGAUAGUUCAUUUAACACUGAACGUAAACAAACUGUUACAAACGAGCCUUUUUCAUGCGAUGUUUGUGAAAAAAUGUUUGAAUCUGAAUUUAAUUUCAUUACACAUAAACGUUUUCACACCGACGAGUCUUUUUCAUGUGAUGUUUGUGAAAAAGCUUUUACACAUUUAUUGGAACAUCAAAUUUUGAGAAUUGAAGAUAAACCAUUUUAUAUCAAAGUUGAAAAAGAAUUUCAUACAGAAUUAAUAGUCAAAGAAGAAGUACCCGAUGAAAGUGUUUCUUUGGAAGAAAUUCAUAUCGAUGAAAACAACGUUAAUUACGGAUCAGAUAAAAAUAUAUCAGUGAAAAAAGAAGAAAUUAAAAGGGAAGAAUCAAGGGAAAAUAUUUCAGUAAGUCAAGUAAGUUCAGUAAAUUUAAAUGAAAAAUCAUAUUCAUGUAAUUUUUGUGGGAAUAAAUACCCUACAAAAUUCUCUUUGGGUCAACAUAAACGAACACAUACUGGUGAAAAACCUUUUUCAUGCGAGGUUUGUGGUAAAUUAUUUCAUAAAAAAGCGAAUCUAGUUAAACAUCGUUUAAUUCAUACCGAAAAAGACAAAUCGUAUUUAUGUGAAAUUUGUAAUAAAACUUUUAGUCAACAACGUUAUUUACACCAACAUAAACAAACUCAUUCUGCAGAAAAGAAAUUUUCUUGUGAUAUUUGUGGUCAAACUUUUGUAGUGAAAAGUUAUUUGGACAGGCAUCUACAAACACAUACCGGUAUUAAACCGUUUGCAUGUGAUAUAUGCGAUAAACGAUUUUAUCGAUCUUUUCGACUUAAAAAGCAUAAACGAGUUCACACUGCUGGAUCUGAAGAGAAACCUGUAAUAAAAAGCUCAAAUUUGUGUGAUUUAUGUGGUAAAUCAUUUUCGACCAAAUACAUUUUAACAGUUCAUCAACGAUCUCAUACGGGAGAAAAUAAAUUUUCAUGUGAUCUUUGUGAAAAAAUAUUUUCGUCUCGUAACACUUUAGGCAAUCAUCUGAAACUUCAUUCGAAGGAAAAACCAUUUUCGUGUGAUGUUUGUAACGAAAGCUUUGUCCUUCGAAGUCGUUUAAAAAGACAUAAAUUAAUUCAUUCAGAAGAAAAGCCUUUUUCAUGUGAUGUGUGUGGUAAAAAAUUCACUCAGAAACAUGUUUUAAUUCGACACCACCUGAUUCAUACUGGUGAAAAACAUUUUUCUUGUGAAGUUUGUGAUAAAGCAUUUCGUGUGAAAAGCAGUUUAAUUAUACAUAAACGAAUUCAUACUGGGGAAAAACCUUAUGUAUGUAGUGUUUGUGGUAAAUCAUUUAAUCGUAGAAAAAGAUUACAGGCACAUCAACAGAAAAGCCACAGUGGUGAUAAAAUUUUGUCUGUUUUAAAUUUCGUGUAAAAAAUUUAAUUUAAGGCUGUUUGUGUUUGAUUACGGUGGCAGUUCUUUUAGACAAUUUUUGAUGCUUUGUAGUACACUCAAAGACAUAGAGAAUGGACUGGGUAUUACCCACAAAAAAUUAACGAAAAUUAAAGCGUCUGUGCGGCCAAUGGCUGUUUCUUUUCUAUAGAUCUGUAGAAAUUCUAGAAAGAGACAUCUAUUAUUGCGACAUUGAUUCACAGCAGGCUUACAACUACAUUUUUGGAAUACCUGACCAUCUAUUGAUUACUAAUUUGCCAUAUCCUCUCUCAAAGAAGACACUACACUCUUCCAUCGCACUAAUUUUUGGAUAAACGUAGUCAAACUGUGAGAAAUAUCAACAACAUUGUUGCUUGCCGUUGUCAUAUUGACAGUGUGUGGGUUUCAGCGCCUAGUGGCAGAAAGUGGAACUAAAUAUAAAUGAUUAGGCUGGGCAAGUAGUUAACGGUUAUCUAUCCAAACGAUUUGCCUAGCUCUUUGAUUGAAUGGCUGCAUAUCCUGCUGGCCGCUAGUUGAGGCCGACGUUUAUUAAAAAAGGCUUGUCUGUUAAUUGAACGGCUAACUAAGCUAGCUGGCUGCCAUAUAUACAUUGAGAUACCAAAAAACAUAUCAGCACUCACAAGCGCUCAGUUUGUCAA